UUAAAUGUCUUGGCUACACAAACAUUUGAUUUCGGUGGCUCCAAAGUAGGACUAUUACUGUUUUUUUCAACUUUGAUCUUCCUUCACAAACACACAUAUCCCCAUUCUAGAAUGCAACUCCAAAAGUAAAGCAAAAACAAGAACAAAAAGGAACUUCACAAGUUUGUUGGGUGUCUGCAAAAUCAUUGCUUUAUUACUUUUGUCUGGGUGCUGGUGGUGUUUGCAUGAGGGAAAAUGUGGUUGAUGCAAGUUGAGUAAAUGAGUGUUGUGAGAAAUGGGGUGUGUGUUUGGGAAAGAGGCUUCAUGGAGGAGGAAAGAGGAAGUGGAAAUUGCUAAGGUAGAGGAGGCUAAGUGUGAGGUUCAAAUUCAAAAUGGUGAGAGUGAGAAAGAGGGUGGAGGGGAGGAGGAGGAGGAGGAGGAGGAGAAGAGGAGGAGACAAAGGGAAAGGAGGGAGAGGAGGCGAUCUUUGAAGCCGAAUCCGAGAUCGAGCAAUCCACCUAACUAUAUACAUGGUGAGCAAGUGGCUGCAGGGUGGCCUUCUUGGCUCUCCAAGGUUGCUGGAGAAGCCAUACAUGGAUUGAUGCCUCGAAGGGCCGACAGUUUUCACAAGAUUGAUAAGAUUGGACAAGGUACAUAUAGCAAUGUUUACAAAGCUAAGGAUACUUUAACUGGGAAAAUUGUUGCACUAAAGAAGGUCCGUUUCGACAAUUUAGAGCCAGAGAGUGUGAAAUUCAUGGCCAGAGAAAUUCUGAUUCUGCGUCGUCUGGAUCAUCCCAAUGUUGUCAAACUAGAAGGUUUGGUGACUUCUAGGAUGUCAUGUAGUUUGUAUCUUGUCUUCCAAUACAUGGAGCAUGAUUUGGCUGGACUUUCUACGAGCCCGGAUAUUAAGUUUACGGUGUCUCAGAUUAAAUGCUACAUGCAUCAGCUAUUGUCUGGACUGGAACACUGUCACAACCGUAAUGUACUGCAUCGUGAUAUAAAGGGAUCGAACCUUCUCGUUGAUAAUGAAGGAGUUCUUAGGAUUGCUGAUUUUGGAUUAGCUUCCUUCUUUGAUCCUAAUCACAAGCAACCUAUGACUAGUAGGGUGGUUACUUUAUGGUAUCGAUCUCCCGAGCUUCUUCUAGGAGCCACCGAUUAUGAUGUAGGCGUGGACCUGUGGAGUGCUGGCUGUAUCCUUGCUGAAUUGUUGGCUGGAAGGCCUAUUAUGCCUGGUCGAACCGAGGUGGAACAGCUGCAUAAGAUAUUUAAGCUAUGUGGUUCUCCUUCUGAAGAAUAUUGGAGAAGGGCAAAGCUACCACAUGCUACCAUUUUUAAGCCUCGACAAUCAUAUAAGCGGUGCAUAGUAGAGAAAUUCGAAGAUUUCCCGCUAUCAUCAUUGCCACUAAUUGAAACCCUUCUAGCAAUCGAUCCAGCUGAACGUCAAACUGCCACUGCUGCAUUGCACAGCGAAUUCUUUACAACACAGCCUUAUGCUUGUGAACCCUCUAACCUUCCAAAAUAUCCUCCCAGUAAGGAGAUGGACACAAAGCUAAGGGAUGAGGAAGCUAGAAGAUUAAGGGCCACUGGCAAAGGUAAUGCUAUUGGCAGUAAGAAGUUGCGUUCGCGUGAUCGAAGUGGGAGGGGAAUCGCAGUUCCAGAGGUCAAUGCUGAGCUGCAAGAAAAUAUUGAUAGAUGGAGACUGAUAACGCGCGCAAAUGCAAAAAGCAAGAGUGACAAGUUUCCUCCGCCUCAUCAAGAUGGAACUUUAGGCUAUCCUAUGAGUUCUUCUUAUCACAUUGAACCAGUUUUUGAUCCUCCUGAUGUUCCAUUCAGUUCCACAGACUUCUCAUAUCAUAAAGCAAGUAUUCAGACCUGGUCGGGCCCAUUGAUGGAACCGAGGAUGAGUGUGCCGAGGAGAAAAAAGAACAAGGCAGGUGACCAGCACAUGAGAUCGAAGUCAUCAAAAAGAAACAUAAAUAGAUAGAAUGUAAAGAUCUGCACUACAAUAUCAAAAAGUAACACAUUGAUUCGUGGUUUUCGUGAUGGAAAUGCUUCGUUCCGAAUAGCAUUUCUGCUAUAAAAAAAUACAAACAAGUAUUCUUGAUGCUUCAAGAAGAUAUUGUACAACUUCUUUCUAGUUAGGAAGGUCAUUAUUGAUGCAGGAGAGAUAGAAAAUAUUGUAUUUCCUGCUCCCAUUUCUUUCUCAAUAUCAAUAUCAAAGGUUCAUUACUCUCUA